AUGUGGAAAUCAAACAACCCAUUUAUCGCGAGCUCCUGCACCCAAGUCAAUCAACCAAAACCGUCUGACGAAGAAAUCACAAAUCUCCACGACGCUAUUCAACAAGUCGCUAGCGAAACCCUCGUUGACCGUCGCUUUAUUCUAGCCAUUAUACUGCAAGAAUCAAAGGGCUGUCUUCGCGUCCCGACCACAAGCUGGGGUGUUAGUAAUCCGGGACUGAUGCAGGAUCAUGGUGGUACCGGAACUUGCUACGGGGUGAAUUCUUAUCCAAAGGAAAAUAUUGUGCAGAUGGUUCAAGAUGGGACGUCGGGAACUAAGGGGGGUGAUGGUUUGGUUACAUUAUUGGACAAAGGUGUGACGCCUUGUUAUGCAUCUGAUAUUGCGAAUCGUUUGACAGGUUGGGUUAGUGCUGAGUAUGCUUGCACUUUCUGAUCUGCGUUGAUGUCCCUUAGAUUUGUCCUUUUGUGCAUGUGCUCAUGAUGUCGAUAGUCACUAGAGCUAGACUGUAGGUGUUUACAUUUCAUGAUGGUAUAAGUACCAUAUUAGCAGGGAUUUAACAACAAAGGAGGUGUUUG